UAUUCCUUAUAUUUCUACAUACUCUGUUGUUUGAACGAGAUGUGAACUACUUAAUUAUAUUGGUUUCGUCGUCUUCUAUCAUAUUACACGUUCAUAUGUAUUAUUAAGAAAAAUAUAAAAGAAAUACUGAAUCCCUAUAAUAUUAAUUUUUACGAAUAAAUCAAUGUCUCAAUAUUACUAUUUUUCGAUGGUCAUAGACUGUAACGUGUGACAUAACAUCUAAUAUUAUAGAUCUACUUUAAUAUAGAAAAAUGGCUACUUGGGCUGAAGAUGAAAUUGGACGAAAAUGGGAUCGGUGUUUUACUGACGCUAUAUUUAAGUUUGGAGGAGGAAUUCUACUUGGAGGAGUAUUCUCUCUAUUUUUUUUCAAACGAAGAAAGUGGCCUAUUAUAACUGGUGGAGGCUUUGGAUUAGGUAUGGCAUAUGCUAAUUGUCAAGAAGAUUUGAAUUCCACGAUAAGACGACAAAAAUCCAGGGAAUGUAGUAAACCAGAUAAAGAAAAACCAGCUGAAGAGAAGAAAAGUUCUUAGCAAGCAUCCUAUGAAAAAAAUUGUUAUGCUGUUACCAGACAACAUACAAUAUACCAAUAAACUAGUUGAACUUGUAUUAUAGUGUCAUACAAAAUAAAUUCUUUCGUAACUUUAAA